AUGAGACGCACCCUGCUGAAGUUGUUGCGCAUAAGCGAAUUUUCUGACGAGGCGCAGUUUCGCAACCCGUCACUGUUAUUCACAGUACAGGACGUCAUCUGCCUCUGCUGCAACUUUUGUCGGUCCAUUGAUUUAUGCCAUGACCCUCAGCUGUUUAAGUGUAGCGCAUCACGCUCAGAUGAUGAUGACAGAGGCGAAGAAUAUGAAAAGGAUGCGGACGCUUUCUCAGCUUGGCACUGUCCUCGAGCUACGCGGUGUACGACAAGACCGCAUUCUGAACUGCGACUCGUUGAGAUGAUACAGGCGCAGUCGGUGGCGUACCAAUUGCAGGAUUGUACUGCCGUAAGUGCCAUUUGCCAGCUGAGCGCCAAAUGCGCGAUUACUGCCCAUGUUCAAAGACGUAUACAUUUAUACCUGGUGCGUGAAUCGCUGAUGGAGACGCUGCGCCUAGUGAUGCGCAUUGCGCAACAAGACAAGUUUGCAUGGCUCCUCGAAACUGUUGAGCGCCUGAUGUGCGAGACGGCUCAGCUUGUACUUAUGUAUUAA